GUGCGCAGACUCCGUCCCCGCCGCAGCUCACUGCGUUUCCGUAGCCAGCUUGCUACCCGCUGAGCUCGGGCUGCUGGCGGACGGCUCACGGAAGCGAUUGAUCCUGGUCGACUAACGCCGAAGCUGGCCGCAUAAAUGGCGGAUUAACGCUGACAUUGGGAAGGACCCGCUGAGUGAGUGCUCGUGAGCCGGGCGCGUUUGGAGAGUGCGCUGGCAACACCCCCCCCCCCCCCCCCCGUGACAUGUGAAAUGUGUCCAGAAAGAUUUUAAGUGUGUUAUUUUGGGCUAACUAGCUAGCAUACCCCCUCGGACCAGUAUAUGGUAGCUCGCUGCACCUGUUUCUCCUGCCAUCGCCACUGCACCGGGGGAAAAUGAAGAAGUUCAACAUUAGGAAGGUGCUGGACGGCUUGACAGCGGCGUCUUCCUCCUCCUCCUCCUCCUCCUCCGCGACCGCUCAGCCGGGUGCUCCCAGGGAGAGCGACGCCGUGCAGGAGACCCUCCAGUCGGAGCAUUUCCAGCUUUGCAAGACUGUGCGUCAUGGCUUCCCAUACCAACCGUCCUCAAUGGCUUUUGACCCCGUGCAGAAAAUCCUGGCCAUUGGGACUCAGGCUGGAGCUUUGAGGCUCUUCGGCCGCGCCGGUGUGGAGUGCUACUGCCAGCACGAGAGCGGGGCCGCCGUCAUCCAGCUCCAGUUCCUGAUCAACGAGGGGGCGCUGGUGAGUGCCUUAGCGGAUGACAGCGUCCACCUGUGGAACCUGAGGCAAAAGAUCCCAGCGAUCCUGCAUUCGCUCAAGUUCAGCAGGGAGAGAAUCACAUACUGCCACCUGCCCUUCCAGAGCAAAUGGCUGUACAUCGGCACAGAAAGAGGAAACAUCCACAUCGUCAACGUGGAGUCCUUCACUCUCUCAGGCUACGUCAUCAUGUGGAACAAAGCCAUCGAACUAUCCACUAAGACGCACCCAGGGCCUGUUGUGCACAUCAGUGACAACCCUAUGGACGAGGGAAAGCUUCUUAUUGGAUUUGAGUGUGGGGUUGUGGUGUUAUGGGACUUGAAGUGCAAAAAGGCUGACUAUCGCUACAACUAUGAUGAGGCGAUCCACUCAGUCGCCUGGCACCAUGAGGGUAAACAGUUCGUUUGCAGCCACUCUGACGGCACUUUGACCACGUGGAACAUACGAGCCCCUGCCAAGCCCGCGCAGAUCAUCACGCCACAUGGAAAGCAGCCUAAGGAUGGAAAAAAGCCAGAACCAUGCAAGCCUAUCCUGAAAGUGGAAUACAAAACAACAAGGGCUGGGGACCCAUUCAUCGUCCUGUCUGGAGGACUGUCUUACGAUACGGUGGGGAGGAGGGCUUGCCUCACCGUGAUGCAUGGGAAGAGCACAGCCGUCCUGGAGAUGGACUACCCCAUUGUGGAUUUCCUAACGCUGUGUGAAACCCCAUAUCCAAACGACUACCAGGAGCCUUAUGCUGUGGUGGUCCUACUGGAGAAGGACUUAGUUGUAAUAGAUCUCGGACAGAUUGGGUACCCAAUAUUUGAGAAUCCAUAUCCUCUGUGUAUCCAUGAGUCCCCAGUGACCUGCUGUGAGUACUUUGCCGACUGCCCUGCUGAACUCAUUCCUGCACUUUAUUCUGUUGGAAGCCGGCAAAAGAGACAAGGUUACAGCAAGAAGGAAUGGCCCAUUAGUGGUGGAAACUGGGGCCAAGGCACUCAGAGUUACCCAGAGAUCAUAAUGACGGGACACGCUGACGGGUCGGUCAAGUUUUGGGAUGCUUCUGCGUUAAUGCUUCAAAUGCUGUACAAGCUUAAGACUGCUAAGGUGUUCGAGAGGGCUCGCAGUAAGGACGAGAAGCCAAGUACAGACAUAGUAGAUGAGGACCCGUUCGCCAUCCAGGCCUUGUCGUGGUGCCCUGAGAGCAGGAUGCUCUGCAUAGCUGGAGUGUCUGCCCACGUCAUCGUUUAUAGGUUCAGCAAACAAGAAAUUACCACGGAAGAGGUGCAGCUUCUGGAAGUGCGGAUGCAGAGCGACUUCAAUGAUGUGGACUCUCCUGAGGCGGCGGGGGAGCACACCCCCACCAUGCCGACCCCCGGCGCAUCCUCCAGCCCUCAGGAGAGCGAACCUCCCCUUCAGCCCACCACAGGCUGCAACUCUACAGACGGACCACGGGACAAUAUACCAUGCCUACAGGUGCGGAGCUCCCCGCUGAAGCAGUCUCCGGGCUACCAGGUGAAGCUGGUGAUCCAGCUGGUGUGGGUGAGCGGGGAGCCUCCUCAGCAGAUCACCAGCCUGGCCAUCAACUCCUCCUACGGCCUUGUGGUGUUUGGAAACAGUAACGGCCUGGCCGUAGUGGACUACCUCCAGAAGACUCUGCUUCUCAACAUUGGCACAUCGGAGCUGUACAGCCCAUCGGAGCCCUACCAGAGGCAGCCUCGGUCCCCGCGCAAAGCUCGGCAGCCCUCUGGAGACAUUCCAAAUGUGGCGUCUUACAUGUCCAGACUUUCUAACUUGUACACAGAGUCUGUGAAAAAGCUGCGCUCAUCUCAUUUCACCCUUUGCGAAGCCAACGAUGGGUCCAACACCUCAGAUGACCGCAAAUCGCCUACUUCGGGACCUACCUCACCGUGCAAUUCAGACGAUGAACGAAAGCAGAAGUUCAUAGACAAGGUGAAGUUGAAAAGCAGACGCUUUUCCAAGACGGUUGCCAGUGACUUUGCCAAGAUGUCACGGAAAAUUAGCUCGUCUGGUGAUCAAAAGCCAGAGCAGGAUGGCAAGGACAACUCGUUCACCCGCUCACGUAGUUCAAGUGUAACCAGCAUAGACCGAGAAUCGCGAGAAGCCAUCUCGUCUUUUCACUUCUGUGAGAGUUUCCCCCGCAAGACGGACAGCCUGCUCAGUCCCUGUCUGCUGGUGGGCACCACCCAGGGCUUCGUGAUAAUGGUGGCCCUCAGCCUGCCGCCUGCUGGGGACCAGAGGCUGCAGCAGCCAGUCUGCAUCUCCUCCUGUGGGACUCUAAUGAGACUUAAAGGAGGUAUUUUGACCAUGGCCCUACUGGAUAGCACUGGAACUCUGCUGCCCCCUUCCUACGAGUUAUGGUAUGACCCAAACACGUCUGAUGAGGAGAAGGAGAAAGAGAGGGAGAAGAGCCGGAGGCGCAGGCCAGCGUCGUCACCCUCAUCACAAGAGGGUCAAGACUCCCAGUUUGCUGUGCUGUGUUCAGAGAAACAGGCCAAAGUGGUGGCUGUGCCCUCUCAGACCUGCCUCUACAAGCACAGCAUCACGGAGACCUCUUUUGUGCUGAGGGCUGAUGUUGUGCAGAUGGCUGGAACUAACUGCGUCGCCUGUUUCUGUGCUAAUGGGCACAUCAUGACUCUGAGUUUACCCAGUCUGCGGCCUCUGCUGGAUGUGAACUACCUGCCGCUGACAGACAUGCGGAUAGCCCGUACGUUCUGCUUUUCCAACCUGGGUCAGGCUUUGUACCUUACCUCGCCCACUGAGAUCCAGAGAAUCACCUACAGCCAGGAGACCUGCGACAACCUGCAGGAGAUCAUCAGUGAGUUAUUUACACCUGUGGAGACACCCGAGGCUCCAAACAGAGGUUUCUUCAAAGGACUUUUUGGUGGAGGCGCCCAGUCUCUGGACAGGGAGGACCUCUUUGGCGAGACCACGGCUGGUAAGGCCUCCCGUAGCCUGGCCCAGCACAUUCCUGGCCCUGGCAGCAUGGAGGGCAUGAAGGGGGCAGCGUCGGGGGUUGUGGGAGAUUUGGCCCGUGCCCGGAUAGCCCUGGACGAGAGAGGGCAGAAGCUGGGCGAGCUGGAGGAGAGGACAGCAGCCAUGAUGGCCAGCGCAGAGUCCUUCUCCAAACACGCCCAUGAUAUGAUGCUGAAGUACAAAGAUAAGAAGUGGUACCAGCUCUGAUGGCAGCGCGCGGAGCAUCAGACUCUGUAAUCACGCACACCACUAUCUCUGAGGAGCUGCAGGUCUCUCUUCUUCUCUCCAUUUCUCUCUGCGGGGGGGGGGGGGUUCUGCUCGGCAGAGUCAUGCUUUUAUUCUCAGCACAAUAUCAUACACUCUGCAUUAGCUCAGUCACCGGAGGACCGCCGCAGAGUUCACACUGGCUGACCCAGCGUAAUGAGAAUGGGAACAAAUGGAAGAAGAGAAGCUCUUAGGAAAUCUCUCUUUCCAUUUCACCUGACAGGGAUGAUGUUCGUUUAACAUCAGUCCACAGAACAGGAGAGAUGGGACCUUUCAUAUCCAUCAGUCAUGCACUCACUCACACACACAUACACAUAUAUAUAGAUAUAUACACACACACAUACAUGCUGUUUUGUUCUAAAAGAGAAAAGACAAUUCUGCUAAUCAUGUACUUGCUGUGGCCUGAUUGCAGUUGUUCUUUUUUUCUUUCUCUUCCCUUUAUGGUGUCUGCCAAACACAGUGGACUUAAAUGAGGAGAAAAGUCUGAUGAUCCCUUGUCCUUCAAAUCUAAUCAAGCUAACGUUGAUCUGUGUUUCUAUAUGAAUGAGUCAAUCAGUGAAGGACUAUAUGUUGUGUCUAAAUAAUUUAACUUUGUCCAUCUGCUUGUGUCAUUAUUUGUCUAGACAGGGCCUUUCAUGCACUUAACAGUUAACAGUUAAAAAAUGGAUCAGGAGAUGAUUGAUGAAUCUGUUGCCUCUCAUUGAAUAAGGGCUGGUAGUACAUUAGUUGUCAUUGACAAUUUAUUUUGCAGCAUUGUCCAACCUAGUUCUUUUAGGUGAGAAAGAUAAAUGCCGUGUUAUCAGAGUGUCACUUUUUUAUUUAAAAUUAGAUUAUUUAUUGAGUAUAAUAUACUCGAUAAUAGUUAGGAAGAAAGAAAAAGUUUGUAUGCUGGUCGAUUCUUUUUUUGUCUAUUUAUCAAUUGAAUGAGCAAAAAACAUACUAAUAAUGUUUACCCCAGACAAAGUUUACAUGAUCUAUUGAUACACUAGAAACCCUCUGUAGAUCUAGCUUUCCUCCAGCUUUAAGGAGGCUGUCACUAGGACAUGUAUGAUGAAGGAUGAUGUGAAGGGGCAAGAAAAAAGAUUGCCCUCGAUAUAAUUAGCGAGUGUAUAUUUUGGUUACAAUAUCACAGGUUUAUUAUAAUAAAGAUUCUAUCAACACAUUAGUAUUCAAAUUAGUUUUUUGGCGUUCUGUCAUAACGGGUUCAUUUUGUCUUAUUUCUUGGUGUGUAGAGAAAAAAAAGCAUGUGUCUCUCACAGCGCAAUGGAAAAGGUAACGCUGUCUUUGUGUUCGUAGCUGCCAGUCGAAGUGACCGAGCACCGUGGCUGCUGGUCAUAUCUCUCUAACCCAUUCACUUAAAAACUCCUUCUCUUCUGCCUUUGCCUCACGACGCAUAUAUGCUAAGCUCUACCUUUGUGUAUAUUUGUGUGUUUGUGAACAUACAUAUAUUCAGGAAUAUGUGUAUGGGCGCCAAUAUUUAUAAUACCGCAUAGAAAUAGUGUAUAGGUCCCUUGAGGUUUUUUUAUUUUUGCUUGACAGUGUUUUGUGAUUAACUAGAAUUCUAUUGUAUGUUUAUUUCCUAUUCAUGAGUUGCAGGGAUAUGCUGCUAUUUGUGUCCAUGUAGGAGCAUUAUCUGUUGGUCUUUUUGAUAAGAGGAAACUUUGUCAGUCCAGAUUGCUGCCAAAUGUUGUAAAUAACGGGACAGCUGGGCACAAAUCUGACAGCGCAGGUUCAGGCAUUGUGACAUACUGUAUGCUUGCGGCCAUGUUACUUUUCGACACCAAAGAGUUGCUUAAUUUCACGGAGUUGUCUUGAUUUUCUGAAAUGGUAAGAAUCUGUCUGGAUACCUUGGGCAGCACUCAAGUCAAGAGGUCUACUGUGUUUAUUGAGGGGAAGUAGAUUGGCUUUAGUUUCUUUAUGGCCAUGACACCCUCAGUUAUUUUGUCCCAAUCUGCUGUACGCGUUUUUAGAAGACGGGCACAAUUAAUUAGAAGAGUUUUUUUUCAAAGUGAGGUGGUCAGACUAGAUGAAAAUAGUGGGGCUAUUUGAGAUAGUAGAGUUUAUUAAAUUAUAUAUAGAUAUAUUAUAAAUUCAACCAAAAAAAGGUUUUUAACCAAGAUGGAAAUACAGCAUUUUGAAAUACAAGCCUUUAAUUUUAGCUUAUUGAUUUUAAUAUACUCUCUACUGUUGAGAUGAUGUUUAUGUGGGGUUUGCACUAUUUUUUUGUACUUAAAAUAUUUUUGUUAGUAUGAUUUUUAAUGUUCCCUGUCUCUUGUCCCGUUCUUUUAUUUUUUUUAAUUUUUAACAGGACCAAAACAUGUUAGAACCUAUGUUUAGCUACACCAUUUGCCAGUUAUGCUUCACGCUCAGACAGUAACAUAUAUUCAUUUCGAAAACACAUAAUUAGCCAUCAUUUGGACUUAAAAAACAUUUCUGGUUAUACUGAACAUACUCAAGCUUUGCAACUGCAAAAGGGUCAUGUCCUCUCGACGGCCUCGACUCUAAAGUGCUUCAGUUUGCAACAUAUACUGUAUGUCUCAAAUGGUCUCUUUUUGCACAUUGAAGGAUGCAUGAUAUUAAGUGUUUACAAACUUGAAGCACUAUGUAUUAUCCCUCUUAGAGAUUGUCUGAUCGGGCAUCCCUAUUUACCACCAUUCUGAACAAAACCGAAGAGCUCGUCACACAUCCGACACAUGCCCAAUUUCCAUUUGAUCAUGCCAGUCGUAAAUUGAGAGAUUAUACUGUAUGUAUUAUAUUGGUACAUCUGUUUGUUACUGUUUGCGUCAUUGAAAACUCUUGCUUUCCCGGCACUUUAAAAAUGCAUCAAUAUCAACGCGAGGCUCACAGCACCAAGCAGGGGAGCUUAAGGGUUUCUCAUUUCCCAUACUUCCAUCCAUCUGUCUUCUGGGAUGAAUAUCUGUGAAGUUGCAGUAUUUUCUCAUAGUAGGCAAUUUUUGUACAGUUUUAUUAAAAUAAAUUUCACAUGGAUGUCUGACUUAAUCUGCUGCCACAAACAAUUUAGACUGUAGAUACAGUAUAUAUAGAUAUUGUGCAAUGGAAAAUAAAUGUAAAACUAAUCGUAA